AUAGAGGACCUCACUAACGAGACGAAGCCCGAGUGGUCACCUUGCAGUAAACAGUGUGGGGGUGGGUUCAAAUCCCGCAAGGUCUUGAAGUGUAUUCACACCAAAGACGAUGAUUGUAUGGAGGUCAUGUUCUGCAAUACUAAGCCAUGCGUAGCAAAGCCACCAAUGUACCGUGAGGCAAUCUGCAGGAUGGCCAAAAACCCAACAUACAACACUGACUACAGCAUCAACGGUGUUGUCACUCUUAAACAGGUCUCCGGCCAGCCCUUGAAAGUCUAUGUGGACAUCACAUCCCAGUCUAAGCUGACCGCCGACAGCAAGCUGAGGAAGCACGGGUUCCACAUCCACCAGACGGGUGACAUCCGGGAUACGUGCGACGCCUCUGGCUCACACUUCAACCCUGAGGGCAUGCACCAUGGGGACAUCAGCAGUAGCAUCAGACAUGUAGGAGACUUCGGUAAUCUGAUGAUCCCCAACAACGGUAAACUGGUGACAAGUUUUGAGGACAAGAAGGCCACACUGUUUGGUGAGGAGAGUUUCCUGGGCAGGUCCAUGAUCAUCCACGCCCUUGAGGAUGACCUUGGCUUGAAGGGGGACAGCGGAAGUUUGAUGGACGGGAACUCUGGUGCCAUGGCCGCCUGCUGUGUCGUCACGCUGGUCAAGGAGGGCGUGGCUGAUGACAUGAUGAAGCCAUAGACACACGCCAUCACUGCAACAACGUGAGACAACAGCAGAACUGAAGUUCAAACAAAAACCACUUCCGGUCUAAUUACUAAUCAAAACCUCAGUUUAAUAAUACCAUGUUUUACGAAAGUGGAAAUAAAUUUGAAAUUUCUGUCU